AUGGCGAACCCAACCUCAGACAAUGAGAAGCAGGAAGUCGACUAUGUCGAGCGUGUAGAGACGACCGACUCGACGGUGAAUCUCCAUAAGGUGCAGACCCUCUCAGGGGUAGACAUGAAGAACACCUCCGCCGUGAAAGGCGACCAUUCUGAUGGCAAAGUGAUCUGGAGCAUCCGCAGUAUCUUCUCGGCUAUAUUUCUAGCAGCUUUAUACACUGGCUCACAAGUUAUCCUGUACUUCAUGGGUGGAUCCUUGUCAUUCAUCGGAGCAGAUUUGAAUAUCACUCGUGGCGUUGUCUGGUUACCGACUGCCAAUAUCCUCGCCAUUGCUGCCACUUGCCCUUACGCUGGCUAUCUUCAGGACCUGUUUGGCAAACGCUACAUUGCUCUGUUCGGCUCCUUCUGUAUUUGCCUUGGAUGUGCGCUGGUCGGCUCAGCACAGAGCUUCGGGCAAGCCAUCGUAGGAAUGGCACUUUCUGGUGUUGGCGCUGCGAUCGGAGAGCUCACGGGUCUCGCUGGCCUUGCAGAAGUCGUUCCAGUCAAGUAUCGCGGCUACUCACUGGCAUUGGUCACCGCUUUUGUCCUUCCCUUCUGCCCAUACCUCCUGUACGUUGAGCUGUGGUCCCAGCGAGACUUAACAGUCGGCUGGCGUUGGGGCCCCUGGGUCUCGUUGAUCUAUAACGGCAUUGUAGGCAUCGGUCUACUUCUGACCUACUUUCCUAAGGCACAUACUCGAGCGGAUGGUUUCUCCAGGCGUGCAAUCUUGAAGAAGAUUGAUUACAUGGGCGGCUUCUUGUCCAUUACUGGUUUGACUUUAUUCCUCGUUGCCCUCAACUCUGGUGGCUACACACACGGGUGGGGAAGUGCAUACAUACUGUGCACCCUGCUCUUCGGUCUUGCACUCAUCGUUGCCUGGGUCGUCUGGGAGUGGAAGUUUGCGCCCUACCCCAUGGUGCCUGGUGAGCUUUUCAAGGGCCAACGCAUUGUAGGGCUGGCUUAUGUUAUUGCGUUCGCAGCUGGUAUGAACUUCUUCUCCAUCCUCAACUUCUUCCCUGUCACCUUUACAUCCGUAUACGAACCCGAUCCAGUCAAGAUUGGCCUUCGUGCGAUGCCCCCUGCAUUCACAACAGCGAUAGGCGCCAUCUCCUUUAAUGCGGCGCUCUCUGUCUUCCCUGGUCGCGCGCGAGAAGUCCUGCUUGUCGCAGUGCUCCUCAUGACGUGUUUCGCAGGUUCGCUCGCGGUCAUGACUCCAGAGAACGAGCGUCUGAUCGUCGGUUUGGGCUCGAUUGCGUCACUCGGUGUCGGAGGUGUGCUCGUGCCAGCUGCCACCGUCGCUAUGAUCGUCUGCCCAGAUGCGCUUAUCACUACUGCGGCAGCGUUAUCGCUUAGUAUCCGUACCGUGGGCGGCAGUAUCGGCUACUCGAUCUACUAUAAUGCUUUUGCUACCAAAUUGGAGCAGAAUUUGCCGAAGUUCACUGCAGAGUAUGCGAUCAAAGCUGGCUUGCCGGUGACGAGCGCGAUGGAGUUCGUCACAGUGUUCUUGACCGCACCAGCAGAGCUCGCGACGACACAGAUCGAAGGUGUGACGCCAGCGGUGAUUGCUGGUGCCGCAAAGGGCGUGCAAUGGGCCUACAGCCAGAGCUUGAAAUAUGUUUGGUUCACAUCCAUUGCUUUCGGUAGCGUCGCGAUUGUAUGCACAAUUUUGCUGCCGAGCACGAAGAAGUACCAGACGAACAGAGUUGCCGUUCAGAUCUAA